AGUGGGGAGCCCCGGGCGCCCGCUCCUCGGCGCAGCAUGUUCCAGCCGGCGCCCAAGCGCUGCUUCACCAUCGAGUCGCUGGUGGCCAAGGACAGUCCCCUGCCCGCCUCGCGCUCCGAAGACCCCAUCCGUCCCGCGGCGCUCAGCUACGCCAACUCCAGCCCCAUCAACCCGUUCCUCAACGGCUUCCACUCGGCCGCCGCGGCCGGCAGGGGCGUCUACUCCAACCCGGACUUGGUGUUCGCCGAGGCGGUCUCGCACCCGCCCAACCCCGCCGUGCCCGUGCACCCCGUGCCGCCGCCGCACGCCCUGGCCGCCCACCCCCUGCCCUCCUCGCACUCGCCACACCCCCUCUUCGCCUCUCAGCAGCGGGACCCGUCCACGUUCUACCCCUGGCUCAUCCACCGCUACCGGUAUCUGGGCCAUCGCUUCCAAGGGAACGACACAAGCCCCGAGAGUUUCCUUUUGCACAACGCACUGGCCCGAAAGCCGAAGCGGAUCCGAACCGCCUUCUCGCCGUCCCAGCUUCUAAGACUGGAGCACGCCUUUGAGAAGAAUCACUACGUGGUGGGCGCGGAGAGGAAGCAGCUGGCGCAUAGCCUCAGCCUUACGGAAACUCAGGUAAAAGUAUGGUUUCAGAACCGGAGAACGAAAUUCAAAAGGCAGAAGCUAGAGGAAGAAGGCUCAGAUUCGCAACAGAAGAAAAAAGGGACACACCACAUUAACCGGUGGAGAAUCGCCACCAAGCAGGCGAGUCCGGAGGAAAUAGACGUGACCUCAGAUGACUAAAAACACAAACCUAGCCCCACAAAAAUGGACAACAUGGAGCAAAAGAGAGACAGGGAGAGGCAAGGAAGAAGGAAAAGAAACAAAACUGCACACGCAUUCAAGGAGGCAGGGAGAGGGGGAUCAGAGAGCCGCGGUGCUCACAGCGGACAGCGAGGGUACUGGACCGUGCUUGGGAUGGCAGAGGACGGAGCCCCUUCAUCAACAUGCAACCCUCGUCUAAAGAGGCAGCUGAGUGAGUGAGAGACAGAAAGAGGGAAGAGAGAGAGAGACAGAGAGAGAGAGAGAUCUUAUCCUGGCAAAGGUGCACUCUGACCAGGGGAGCCGCCUGUCAAACACCAAACCAGGGAAACAAGAUGAUUGACAGGUAUUCUGUUUAUCGCAGUCCACUUUAGAAAAAAAAAUACGAUAUUUUAAACAACCAGGCACAGGACUUUUAAUUUUGCACUUCGCAGUGUUCCUCCCCAUUUUAAAUUAGUAACAAUACGUGAAAUUCCAACCUAGCCCCCCACCCCACACCUGUUUCAAAAACUUGAAUUGCAUGUAGCAGUGGUUGAGCGAAUGGUGUCUAAAGACAAAAUGAAUUGUAAUUUCACUUUCCUUUGAAGACAGGUUCUGUGUGCUUUUUAAUUUUGAUUUUUUUUUCCGAGAAAUGUGCAGUCUGUAAACACUUUUUGAUACCUUCUGACGUCAAAGUGAUUGUGAAAGCUAAAUGAAAUAGGCUCGGAGAUAGUUGGUCCUCUUACAGAGAAACGGGGAGCAAGAUGAAGAUAGGGGUGGGUACCCACAAGAAUCAGAGCUUGUGCUGGAACAAACAAAACCUAAAUUAAUUCCAUUUCUUGGACAUUCCCUUUCCUAAACAUUGAGACUUUAAACUGCCAAGUCAACUUCUCCUUUUAGUGGUUGGAGAAAUUGACUGACUGCAACCACUCAAUGUAAUGGCCAUUCCGAACUUUAAAUCUGUCUAUUGCAAAAUAAAUAAAUAAAUAAAUAAAUGAUACAAAACCACGGAAGGAAGGACUGCAGGUAUGGGGAUGAUGUUAGUGUGGCCAAGGACAUGCGGCAAGUUUUCAAGCACUGAGUUUCUCUUCCAAGACCAUAGAUUUACUAAAGAGAGUGACAAACGCUUCCUUAAUGUCUUCUAUACCAGAAUGUAAAUAUUUUUGUGUUUUGUGUUAAUUUGUUAGAAUUCUAACACACUAUAUACUUCCAAGAAGUAUGUCAAUGUCAAUAUUUUGUCAAUAAAGAUUUAUCAAUAUGC